AUGUGUCGAGAGACAUUGGAUUGGCUGGGACAGAUAGACUCCGCCAAGAACCCGGAGAUUGACAGACAGUCAUACAGAACCUAUGACCUGGGAUUGGCCGACAGGCUGACGAGUCGCGGCUUUUCCUUUCACCGCAUCAUCAAGGAUCGUCUCCGGAACCGCUUGCGUGUGGUUACCAUUGACUCCUUGAUGCGAGUGCGGCUACUUGCUCAGCCUUUUGAGGUCAUGGAUUUCAGCGAUGCAUCUGAUGUUUACGCGUCCGGCACUGAGCCCUCCACCCUAAAAACCCUUAUGGGGGUUUCAUGCACUACAGUGCCAUGUUUGGAUAGUGAUGUUGAGAGCGAUGAGGAGCCUGCUGAUGAGGGGGAAGAUGACGAAGAGGAGGCCAGCGAGGCAUUUAUGAGUGAUGGGGAUCCAGAACUGUCCAGUGAGUCUGGCAGUGAGGUUGCCGAUGAGGGGGACGAAGAGGAGGACGAGGAGAUGUUCCUCUCCAGUCCUACGGUGUCUAAGGGUCUCCUUGAAGAGCUCGGGUUGUGA